AUUCGAGACUCGUUCACUUUCAUUUAACAAGUGCGCGAAAAAUCAUAACGUUUGUCCGAUUCAGUUUUGCCUAAUCAUUUUAGUAAAGAGUAAUAAAAAAAAGACCCCAUUGAAUUCAACCAAGAUAAAUACUUUCAACACAAUACAGUCAGAAUGCAGCGCCCUCGUCGUACAUCGGAGUUUUGUGAAGAACCGGGCACAGCAACUAAACGCUCAUCUAGGAGCACACAACAGCGGCAAAGUCGCAUUGCACGCCCGCCUUCGAUAGAACGUCAAACUUUGGUGCUACCCAGCUCUACGCAUCGUGCCAGUCGCAUUACACCCCAAAAGCAAAUGCAAAAUGUCUCCAAUGCGGAUGCUCCAGGCACUGCACACAAAUACAACUCAAGUAAAUCCAGUCACAUCACGCGUCCCUCUUCGAUGGAACGCCAAACCGGUUUACCCGGCUCCACGCUACUUGGCAGUCGUACUACACCACAAAAAACACCCAAUUCUGUAAGGAAAUUAACAUCAUGUGCAUUAUUUAAUGCAGAAAAGCAACGCAGUGCGCAUAAUGAUAAAAUUUGGGUGCAAGAGAGGGCACAGCGUAUUGUGGAGCACUUGCGGAAAACCGCCAAACCUGGUGCAGUGCACGGUUUGGCAGCCGAUUUUUUCGCUCGUAGCGGUUGCUUGCGUACAAUGUCCACAAAACAGUUUAUCGGAAUUGUCAAUUAUUUUCUACACUAUAUUUGGGGUACACGAUUUACAGUGGGCAGCAAUUAUGUAGACGAUAUUAUAAAUAUACUGCAAAAACUUAAAUAUCCCUAUCAAGUGAACAAGUCAUGGCUAAAGACGCCUAAUGCGUCGCAUUCAUUUGGCUAUGUAAUACAAUUAUUAGAUUUUCUAAUGGAUUUUGUGCCACCGGAAAACGAAGAGGAAGCUUCUGCUAUGCAAUUUGAACUUGAAGACCCAGAGAAACUAGGUCAGAGCUCAUUGAUGCAGGAAUCGCCUGAUGCUGACUUUACAGAACUGAUGUUACAAAACUCUGAAGAAGGUUUCAUGCUCUGGGAUAAGCAAAAGGAUGACGAUCUCCAAAACUUACAGCAGCAAACAUGUGGCGUACUAAUAUAUAAACGUUCUGGACUACAAGGUACCUUAGCGCUGGAUGCGCAAAUACAUGAACUGAAACAAGAAUUAAAAGAGGAGCAGAAGAAGCGUCCACAUAUACGCAAAGAAGAUGAAGAACAUUGCCUCCAGUUGAAAAGUGAGCAUGAAGAGACUCACACCCAAAUAAAGACAGCCCAGGAAACACUCGAAGCAAUUGCAAAACAAUUAAGCGAAAAGCAGGCAGAACGGCAACAAUACAAAGACGAAUUGAUGGAACUAUUAGAGGAAAAGACCCAGAUAAAAAAUGAACUUGAUAAGCAAACUAUGAGCGUAGACCAGCUAGAGGCGUUAGCCCAAGAGCUAGAGCAGGGUAAAUAUACGCUAAAACUUAUGGAGCGCACAUUAUGUGACCUGAAAGAUCGUCAACAUCAUCAACAAGUAUUACUGGCGCGUCAUAAAAAACAAUUGACCGACCUAAUUGCUAAAUACAACGAUAGCAUACGUGAAGUUAGCUGCACUAAAUUGCAAGUUAAUGUGGACGCGCUUCUACUGCCACUAAAUCCAGAACCUGAUGAUGUUAAUGAACGCAUAAAAUUGUUGGAAGAAACACGCGACCAUGCGAAGCAACAACUAGAGCAAAUGGUGGAAAAACAGCAGGAACUGGAAAAGCAGGAAAAUGAACUAAACCAUGAGAUUAUGGUAAAUUUGAAUCCUCAAAUCGACGAGCUGGAGACGGCACUAAAGCUUGCCGAACGCAAUAGCAGAGAUUUUGAAAAACAAAGAGAAAAACAAAAUGCAGCAAUGAAUGCGCAACUGCAAGAGCUAGAAGAACGUCUGCAAGAGAUGCAGGCUGAAUGCAAAAGUCUACAAGACACAAAACUUGAAAAACAAACCGAAAUUUCAAUGUUAGAAAAUCAAAAUGAGGAACUUAUGACGCGUGCAGAACGUGAGUACAAAGCGGCCGCCGAUGAACGUGAAGCCUUCCUCAAUGACUAUGAAAAAACACUUGAGCGUUCGAAUCAGAUAUUAUCGGAGUUUGAGCAAUUGAUUGAACAACGCGAUUUAGAGCUACAGCAAAUAGAGGAAGAGGAGAAAAAAGUUAAGUAUAAACCAAUGAAAUAAAAAUCAGUUUAUUAAUGUUCUUGUUUUUCUCAAUAUUAAAUACGCAAUAAUUUAUUGCAACACACAAA